ACGGCAUCCAGCUUUAAAGCUUGUCAUUCAUCAAACUGUCUGUGUUACUGUGUACAUGUUAGAUGGAAAACGGCACUAAUCCCCCUUACUUUAACCUCACCAUGUUUGUGAACAUAGGCAACUACCGCUACCCAACAUUUGUCUUGUGUUUCCUGUUGUGCGCUUUCAUCAUCUCGGCAAAUCUUGUCAUCGUUGUCGUAAUCACCUUUGAGAAGACUCUACAUGAGCCCAUGUAUGUUUUCAUCAUGUGCCUGUCUCUCAACUCUCUGUACGGCACCACAGGCUUCUUCUUCCGAUUUCUGAGUGACCUUUUGUCUGACAGUCAUUUGAUCUCACGACCAGCUUGUUUAACUCAGGUAUAUGUCAUUUACACCUAUGCUUCCUAUGAGCUCACCCUUUUAGGCGUUAUGGCAUAUGAUCGCUAUGUUGCUGUUUGUCAACCUUUACAUUACCACACCAAAAUGACCUCAAAGGUGGUUUCCAUACUGAUUUUCUUGGCAUGGCUCUAUCCUGCCUUGGCUGUUUUUGCCUGUGUUUAUUUGGCUUCCAGACUUCCAUUGUGUGGAAAUAAGAUACAAAAGGUGUUCUGUGCAAACUGGUCAGUUGUGAAACUGUCAUGUGUCUCGACGGCGCUCAAUAACCUUGUUGGUAUGCUUGUGACGACCAGCACUGUCUUUCUGCCUCUGGCUUUUGUCUUGUACACAUAUGUGCGGAUUUUCCUCCUCUGUCGGAAACGCUCCUCAGAGUUCAAGAGCAAAGUCAUACAAAGCUGUCUGCCACACAUUGUCACGUUUGUCAACUAUUCCAUCACUGUGUUUUGUGAUAUCGCCCUCAGUAGAACCAAUCUGGAGGAGCUGAAUCCGUUUCUGGUGGUUUUUUUAUCACUCGAGUUCGUUUUCAUUCCUCCCCUUGUGAAUCCUCUCGUCUACGGCCUGAAGCUUCCAGAUAUAAGGAAAGUUAUUUUAAGAAUGUUAUCAUGCUCAUAACCUGACUCAAGGAAACAAAACUAAACCUGAGACAUGAGAGCAACAUGAUACACGUGAACUGUUUGAGAUUUUUCAUCAUAAUUCUGAACUUGCAACACCUGGCUGCAGCAAUGACUUUAAAAGAAAAUGGGCUCACAGUU